AUGCAUCUACCGAAGACCACAGGUGGCUUCGCGCUUCCGCACUCGCCUCCCCGCCAUUCGCGCCGCGCGUUGCUCCGCCAUCGGCGGCAGCGAUGCAUGGUUCUGCUGGUGGUCGCGUGCGUGCUCGUCGUUAUGCUGCUCUUCGUCUCGCUCCACCUGCCGUCAGUAGAUUCGCUCCUGCCACGUGGCAAGCAGGCUACUCCUUCGCCCGUGGCCCCUCAAUCCGCGCAGAAAUCUAGCAGCGUCGCAAACAACGGCUCACAGCCCUCCAUCCGCGUGGCCCUCGCCACUCUCCGCGCCGAUCCGACGUGGCAGCAGCUGCUGGAUCCCGACUCCGCGGUGCGCCAGCUCAGCGACCAGAUCAGCCUGGGGAAGGCGUAUCUGACACGCGCGCGGGAUGCGGGGGAGAGGGAGUUCGGCGAUGAGAUGGAGAGGGGCGUGCGCGCCGCAGAGGCGUUCCUUGCUCGCUCCAUUGCUAUCCCCAGCCAAGCAGUGUACAAGCAGGAGGCGCGGGCGCACAUAGCAAACAUGAGCGCUCUCAUUCUUCAGGCCAAGGAGAUGCACUAUGACAUAGCGGCGGCAAUGGCAGCGCUGAAGGAGAAAGUGGCAAAGGCAGAAGAGAAGGCCUCUAAGGCAUCCGCUCAGGCCACUCUCGCCUCUCAGGUGGUAUCAGAGUCGAUGCCCAAGCCCAUGACGUGCCUGUACAUGCGGCUGGCCAGGGAGUGGGCUCUGCAGCACGCCUCCACUGCACAUGGAGGGAUGGAGGCGGACACUCACCCCUUUCAAAUACACCACGGCCUGCCCCCGGGCACGCCCAACAACUCUCGCCUGGUGGAUGCCUCGUUGCAGCAUUUGUGCAUCUUCAGUGACAACGUGCUGGCCGUGUCUGCUGCGCUCAACUCCACUGUCCUCUCCUCCCACAACCCCUCACGGCUCGUCUUCCACAUCGUCACCGACGCCACCACCUUCCCUGCCUUCGUGGUGUGGUUCUCCCGCCACCCACCCGGCUUGGCAUCACUAGAGGUGCGGCGGGUGGAGGGCGAGAGCGGGUGGCUGAACGCGUCCUUUGCGCCCGUGCUGCGACAGAUGCAGGACGCUGCUGCCAAGAGCUUCUACUUCUCCGCUGCUGCUGCUGGCGAGGGCAGCAGCGACCCGAUCAAGUUCCGCAACCCCAAGUACAUGUCGCUGCUGAACCACCUGCGCUUCUACCUGCCGCUCCUCUUCCCCGCGCUGCACCGCAUCCUCUUCCUCGACGACGACGUCAUCGUGCAGCGCGACCUCUCUGCUCUUUAUUCCCUCCACAUGAACGGUGCCGUCAAUGGAGCAGUGGAGACGUGCAAGGGGUCCUUUCACCGCUUCCACCGCUACCUCAACUUCUCAGACACGCGGCUGAGAGGGCGCUUUGACCCUGAGGGGUGUGCGUGGGCGUAUGGCAUGAAUGUGUUCGACCUGGACGGGUGGCGGCAGGCCAAUGUGACUGCCACGUACCACUACUGGCAGGAGCAGAACGUUGACCAUUCAUUAUGGAAGCUAGGAACGCUACCACCUGGCUUGCUGGCCUUCAAUGGGCUCACACAUGCCAUUGAUCCAUCAUGGCAUGUCCUGGGACUUGGCUACAAUCCCCACUUGGACAUAACAGCUAUUUCCAAGGCUGCAGUUAUACACUGGAAUGGUAACCAGAAGCCAUGGCUGAAGAUUGCCUUGCCGAACUAUCGUAGCCUCUGGUCUAACCAUCCUAUGCCGGCCGACGAGGAAGAAUUUCACGACGCCAUCCACGCAAACGCCAUGCUCAACGCGGCGGAGGAUUUCAAGCCGUCCGAUUACAGCAACAUCAUCCGGCGGUACUCGCACCUCGGCGCCACGCACCCGAGUAACCCGCUCACCGUCGCGAAAGCCGGCGAGGACGAAAAAUCCGCCGGGGGGAAGACGCGCCGAUCGCAAUCCACGGGCGGAGGGGUGAAGAAGGGCAAGGGGUCGUCUGUGGCAUCGACGCUCGGGCGCGCAGCGGCGCGCGUCGGGAGGACGCUGGGCGCAAAGGGCGGGUCGCUGGCCAAGUCAAAGUCCUCCGUGGCGCCCCUUCAGUCCGAUGAUGAGUUCUCCAAGCAAUCCGAGCAGCCGUCGAUGCCCAUCGUGCUGCAGCCCUUCAUGGGAUCGUACGGUUCAGAGAAGCAAUCAGAAGUGACGAAGGCGCUGCAAGAGGAGAAUCGACGGCUGCGGGAGAGGAUCGCGAUGCUGGAAGCCGUUCACGCAGAGGAGGCGGACGACAGCGACGACUUGGCGCGCCAUCGCGUGCGAAUGCUCAAGUCGUCAAACCUGCAGCUAGAGCACCAGCUACUAGCCUCCGAGUCCGCGUCGCUCACCGCCAAGGCGAUCCGCAACGAGCUGCUGAGCGCAAUGGACCAUCUUCACCGCACCGUCGGCGCGCUGCACGUGCGCGCGGGGGAGGACGAGGCGGAAGGCGAGCAGGCGGAAGCGGAAGCCGCGGAGGGCGCGGGCGGGACGGAGAUGGGGAACUCGCACGCGGGGACUCUGGACCAGACACUGCUGCCAGCUGCCGCUAUCUUAUUGGACGACGCGCAGCACGCCGCGGCGCAGGAGGAGAAGGAGAGCGCAAGCGCAGCCGCGGUGGCGGUGGCGAAGGGGGUGAGCAAGGUCGGCGCGGCACAGCAGCCGCUGACGCGGCGGAACUCGUUCGGGGGACGCGGCUCCGCCGCCCUCGCCUCCGCCGCCCGCCCCAGCACUCCCACCAGCCGCGGCACCUCGUCCUUCGCUAGCGGCUCGCCACGUGCCACGACCCCGCGCGCAUCGUCCUCCGCCGGAAAGGGGAGCGCGUCGCCCACGGUGGGCGCACGGCGCGGUGGUGCGACGGUGGGCGCGGCGGGCAGCGCUGGGAAGGGAAAGACUGGUGGCGGAAGCUUCAAUGCGCGCGGGUGGGGAGUCGGCCCGGGGAAGCGGAACGGCGCGAACAAUAAAACUGCGGAAAAAAAGACCGCCGCAUCUGGCGCCGCGAAUGACGGAGACGGCGGCAUGGAUUUGACCUCUGCGGGAAGCCGCAGCGCGAGCAUGAAAGACGGGCCGCUGGUGCUAGACCCCUCUAUAGUAACAUCUUCUGCUGUCUCCACACCUAUGGGCACGCCGCGCGCGGGGAGCACUCCCGCGGGGAGCCCGUUCGCCGCGUCGGCCGCGGCAGCCACUCCCGCGCCGACACUUGGCAGCCUGCUGGCGGCGUCGGGACAGGUGGCGAUCGCAAAGGAAAAGCUCGAGGAGCUCGCGAUGUGGAGCAAAGAAGCGCGCGAAAAGGUUCUGAUGCUGCUGCCCGCGCCGGGCGGAAAGAUCGGCGAACUGCCCGCGGAGGAAGGCGCGGGCAAGGCGGAGGACGCGGAAGCAGGGGGAGGAGCCGGCGGAGCGGAGAAGACAAGCAUGAAGGCGAUGGGCGCGCCGGAGCUGCCGUGCGCGGGGAAUCGCUUCAUGGUGACCAAUGAGGACGGCGACCCCGUCGCGGGAAUCGCGGCGAACCUCUGCCGCUCCAUCGAGGGGUCCGCGCCGCUGCUGGAGUACGCGCGCGUGCACGAGUUGGAGGGGCGGCUGGCGGACCUGCACCCGCGCCUGCUCGCGCUCUCGUCGCUCCUCGAUAAUGUCGUCUUCCCCAGCCUGCCCGCCGAGACGUCCAGCGCAGUGCUGCAGGAGAUCCGUGUCGCCAUCGUUGACGUGUACGACACGACGCGCGCGCUCUCCGAGCUGGCGGCGCUCGUGCCAGCUGGCGCGCAGCUAUUCGGCGUGGGGACCGGGGAGAGCCUGAUGCUGGCAGCAGCAGUAGCCAGGGCGGAGGAGGGAGGAGGAGGAGGAGGGGGAGAGGGAGAGAUGAUGGAGGUGCAGCAGAGGCUGGAGGGGGAGAGGGAGAGGAGGAGGAGGGAGGGAGUGAGAGUGGCAGACCUCCCUUCUGUGGAGCAGCUGCUGACAGCAGGCCUUGCUGGGAUCGUGGGAGAGGGGGGAGGGAUGGGGGGAGGAGGGGAGGGGGAGGUGCAGGCGCGGGUGGCGGAGGUGGUGGGGAGGUGCCGCAAGGUGGAGGCGCUGUGGCGGGCGGAGAUGUCGGGGCUGCAGGAGGAGAUGGGGUUCUACCGCGGCUGCCAUGCUGCCCAGGCAUCGCAUGUGAAGCAGAUAGCGUCGGCAGCCAAGGACGCGCUGCAGACUGUGCUGGGAGACGCGCAUGAGAUUGUCUCUGCCGCCGCCACCUCCAUCCAAAAGCGGCGGUUGCAGAUUCUGCUGGCAGUGACCGACUUUGAGAGCGAGCCCACACCCGAAAUGAUGCAGCAGCUCGCAGUCAAGGUCAAGGAGGAGGCGGGCACGCUGAGGCGCUUUGCGGAGCUGCUGCCGCAGGCCUUCUCAGCCGAGGCCAAGGUGGCCGAGGUGCUUGACCCCCUGGAGCGCGAGUUCAAGGAGCGGAUGCAGGCUGUAUUUGAGACCCUCCAGGCUCGGCGAGCAGCGCUGGCCCGGCAGCGCAAUGAGCUCCACGGGCAGAUCAGCGGGCGGUUUGCCAACCAGUCUGGGCAGCAGGGCAAGGGCAAGCUGAUGCGGGUCAUUUCCCUUCAGCAGUGA